CGCAUCCUAGAAGGACCGAAGCGCACUUCCGGGAAGAUGGAGACACCCGAGUCUGAUGUGACACGUGCUUCCACGGAGAGGACCGCGGACUGAAGGCACUCUCCUGUCUAAGGUGCAUCUCCAGACCUUCCUUUCCUUAUUCAAAGGAUGAUGUCACAUCUUCUUCCCUGGUGAGAACCUGAGGACAGAGCCUCUCCGACCACCAUGAGUGUCACCCCAGAGGUCAAGAGUCGUGGGAUGAAGUUUGCUGAAAAGCAGCUGCUAAAAUAUGGAUGGACUCAAGGUGUUCUAGGGCCUCUUCCAUAUCCUCCCAAUUCCCUCUUUUCCUCUGCCCUAUGUCAAUUCAACCAGCGGAGAAACUAAAGAGAAAGCUUUAGAAGCAUAAAUGUUCUGCUCUAUCUGGAAAAGGGAAGAAUGGGCAAGGGCCUGGGCCGGAGAGAGAAUGGCAUCACUCAGGCCCUCAAGGUGACACUGAAGCAAGAUACCCAUGGGGUAGGACACGACCCUGCCAAGGAGUUUACAAACCACUGGUGGAGUGAUCUCUUCAACAAGACUGCAGCCAGCUUGGUAGUGGACUCAGGGAAGGAUGGAGUGCAGAUAAGGCGCCUUUCCAAGGAGACCACCCAGCGUAAUCACCCCAAGCCCAAUUUGCUGUAUCAGAAGUUUGUGAAGACAGCCACACUAACCUCAGGCGAAGAGAAGCCGGACAGAGACUCAGAGAACAGCAGUGAUGAUGAUGACCGUGAGCCCACGCCUCCAAAGAUUCUGACUGAUGAGAUGCUACUCAAAGCUUGUGAGGGGCGAACUGCACACAAGGCUGCCCGGGCUGGAAUCACAAUGAAGGCUAAGCUUGCUCGCCUGGAGGCCCAAGAGCAGGCCUUCCUGGCUCGGCUCAAAGGCGCAAAGGAUGUGGGAACCCCUCAACCACAGACUGACAGGGAGCCCUCCAAAAACAAGGAAAAGAAGAGGAAGCAGGAGGAGGAGGAAGAGGCUGCAACAACUGAAAAGAAUGUAGGUGAGGAGCUCCUAGAACACACCGACCAGAGCGUUAGGAAAAGCAAGAAGAAGAAAAGGAGGCGGAAAGAUGAGAGAGAGGGAAAGGCUGGAGGAAGUGGGGAGGAAGAGGCUGAAGGAGCAAGUGGGCCUGCAGAACUGAGCACAGAGCAAUCGGAUCAGUCUCCUAGGAAAAGGAAGAAAAAGAGGAGGCAGCACCAGGAAGAGGGGAAGAUGGAAGUCUGUGAUAAAGGAGGCCGAGAUGUGCGAGGCAGACCAAAGGCAGCGGACAGUGGAGCAGGCACAGACCCAUGGAGAAGCAGCAAGAAGCCAUGGCAGUGUGGGGAGGACUUGGACACCCAAGACGAAGAAGGGAAGGAUGGCCUAACAGAAGGAGAGAGAAAGGUCAGACGAGGCAAGAAGAAAAGACGGCGGUGUCGUGAGGAGGUGGUCUCGGAUGUAAGCAGUAAGGAUGAGGAUGGCAGGACUUGGGAGGUUGAGGAUGAAGUCGAGAGAAGCCAGCCACACCCAAAGGAGAGAGCCAAAAAGAAGAAGCGGAAGAGGGACUGAAGGCCUGCAGUGUAGCUCUGCUGACUCCUUUUCAGGGUUGGCCUGGGUUUGGGCAGGGUUUCUCCAUCCCCUCUGCAAGUGGCUCAGGAGCACCGGUCUGCUGAGGAGAGCAAAGCAUUCAAUGCUGGCUGAGGGGGUGGACGUCCCCUGUACAACUUCCUGUCCAAAAAGUAUAAACCCUGGUGUGCCUAGCAGAGGAGUGUUCAUUUGAAGAAGUGUCUGCUAAGUCUGAAAGUGUAGACUUACGUGAAAAGACUUUUUUUUUGAGACAGGAUUUCUUUAAUAUAGCUCUAGUUAUACAGAGAUCCACCUGCCUGUACCUCA